UUAUUUGUAAAAAUGUCUCUUUUUGGCAAGGUUCUCUAAGGACACCAUGAGGACUACUCUUUGCACACUUGUCUUCCUCUUCUCUCUACCAUGGAGUCUAAACGGCCAUUUAACAACCAGCCAUAAGAAUAUUGAGGUAACAAACACAGCAGAAAAUGCAUCAAGGCAGAGGGACUACACUAUUGAUUCUGGAACAGAAAACGUGGUUUCACUUUCAAGAAGCGUUCAGACGCAACACCUCACGAGUCACUCAGAGCAGCAAGGUAUCCGGCUGAGGACAACCAAUGGUGAAGACGAGACAUCAAGGACAAAGAGGAAUGUACAUUAUGACACACACAACUUGACUACUGCGUCAACACACCCUGAAAUGCAAAUGCAGGACGAGGUAACUCUACAAAAGGAACAAUUAAAACCAACAGAAAGUACCCGCAGACCACAUACUACAUCUCUUUUGCAGACAGAGAAUGCUACAGAAUUUAAUGCCUCUGCUAAACCACCCAAUGCCACAAGAGCAGGUGUUUCACCAGAAGAAAAGACAAGCAGUGGACUUUCUGAGACACAGGAAGCCACACAGGAAACGCCUUCUACUUCUGAUUUCACUGGACUCUAUGAUGCGCAAGCAAAUAAAACAGCCAUGGAUAGCAACAAAACCAAUACAAAUAAAGAUCUUCAAACAGCCCAGCCCUCAAUGGAGACUACAGACCAACGAAGCCCAAUGACUCAUGCCCACACUUCCGCAAUAACAACUGUUACUGAUUUCAACGGGACAGUAAGCACCAGUGGAGUGAAAACCACAGAGAGGAAAGAAGUCACAGACAAGUGGACAAGCACUCAAGGACCUGAGCUUGAGACUUCAUCUAUGACUAAGCCAAAAAAGACGUUGACCACCACUAAAAAGACCACCACAAAGCGAAGUCCACCUCCAUCUAAAGACAACCAGCAAGCGAACCCAGGUCCUGUUGUGGCGGCUGUGAUAGGCACCACUUUUGUCUUAAUGCUCAUAGCGAUAAUCUUUAUCUUGGUAAGGAAGCGGAAAAUGCAAAGAAGGCAGCUAGAAAAUCCAGAGUGGGCCGGACCCUCGCCAUUUCUGGAUGGCGAUGUUCAACCGAACUUGCCAAAUAUGGAUGAAUCCGAGACCAUCAAUAGACAAGGCUUCAACCAGAUGUCCACUUCCAGAUACCUCUCCCAACGGCUCUCAAAACACCUGACAUUCGGGAGGAACACAAGUGAGGACGUUCUCAUGGGGGACAUCCUGCAAGGAAGCACGUUUGGCAGACAAAAUCCAGAUGAGGUCCAAGCUCCCAAUGGGAACCCGACAACUGCUCAAGACUCAACUGAGACAGAAGAAAACAAAAUCCAGGAAGGUCAAGCAUCUGUGGACUCUUCCGACACCAAAACACCUGCGCCAGGAAGUGCGCAAGAACCUGUGAUGGAGAACAAAGAAUCAAAGCAGACUGAUGACCUCACUCCAUCUUUGUCUUCUGGCCCGGAUACUGUAAUUAAACCGCCUCCACCUUUAGUGUCUAUAGAUCUUGAUUCCCUUUCAGAGGAAGCAGCUCCUUUGCAAACAUCAGAUGGUGGGAUUGUUCCACCUGCUCCACCACUGCCAUAAUCUCAUGUGACUAUCUAAAAACCACCAAAACAAGACAACCAACACACUCAUAUUUGCUUUCUAAAAGUCAAACAAAUUAUGUAAACACGACUUAUUGACUUAUCGAAACAAAAAGUUCAGGACAUAUUAAAGAGGUUGUGUUUUUUAUUAGCCAACAGGCUUUAAUUA